CAGCCAAUAGGAAUGUAGCUGGGUCUAUAAAAGCAGUGCUACUCGCCCCCCCAUUGCGCACCUGAGGAGCAGGGGAGGAAGAGUAUUCAGGAAGAUGGCACGCACCAAGCAGACGGCACGGAAGUCGACGGGAGGCAAGGCUCCGCGCAAGCAGCUAGCCACGAAGGUGGCCCGCAAGAGUGCCCCGGCUACCGGGGGCGUGAAGAAGCCGCACCGCUACCACCCUGGCACGGUGGCGCUGCGCGAGAUCCGGCGCUACCAGAAGUCGACCGAGCUGCUGAUUCGCAAGUUGCCAUUCCAGCGCUUGGUGCGUGAGAUCGCCCAGGACUUCAAGACCGACCUGCGCUUCCAGAGCUCCGCGGUGAUGGCGCUGCAGGAAGCCUGCGAGUCGUACCUCGUGGGUCUGUUCGAAGACACGAACCUGUGUGCUAUCCACGCCAAGCGGGUGACCAUCAUGCCCAAAGACAUCCAGUUGGCUCGGCGCAUCCGCGGAGAACGGGCUUAGGCUCCCACAGGCACUGCUCAUGAACCCAACGGCUCUUUUCAGAGCCACCCACAGAGUCGGAAAAAGUGUGUGUAACGUAGACUUAGGUGUCCUGUCUCCUCCGGAGGUGAAGACAAGGUGGCCGGCAAUAGAUCAGUCUGGAGGGCUUAGCAGCUGAUCCUUACCCAUUGAGCUAUUUGACUUGCAGCUCCAUCUAUUCUAACCUGCCUUCCCUUG